UUUUGAUGAGAAUGAGCUUGCCCAAGAGGGUCAACGUCGGCUGCAGCUGGAGGAGAGCGGGGCGGCGGCGGAGGAGGGCGAAGCGGCCAGGGGCGAGGAGGCGGCCGGGGACGAGGCCGGGGACGAGGCGGAGCGGAGCUGCCUGACGGCCAGCGCGGGCGCCGAGCUGAGCGCCAAGCUGUGCCGGCGGCAGGACAUCAACGAGGGGGCGGCGCACCCCCGCCGGGCCGCCGUCUUCAACCCCUACACCGAGUUCAAGGAGUUCAGCCGCCGGCAGAUCAAGGACAUGGAGCGAAUGUUCCGCCUGUACGACUCAGGACGGGAUGGGUACAUUGACCUGAUGGAGCUGAAGCUGAUGAUGGAAAAGCUGGGAGCCCCGCAGACCCACCUGGGGCUGAAGAACAUGAUCAAGGAGGUGGAUGAAGACUUUGAUGGGAAGCUCAGCUUCCGUGAGUUCCUGCUAAUUUUCCAUAAAGCUGCAGCUGGGGAACUCGAGGAGGACAGCGGCCUGUUGACUCUUGCGAAGCUCUCGGAGAUAGAUGUCUCUAUUGAGGGAGUCAAAGGAGCCAAGAAUUUCUUUGAAGCUAAGGUUCAAGCCCUCUCUUCAGCCAGUAAGUUUGAAGCAGAGAUAAAAGCUGAGCAGGAUGAACGAAAGCGGGAAGAGGAGGAAAGGAAACACCGCCGAGCGGCUUUCAGGGAGUUAAAAUCUGCAUUUACCCAGUAACCACCAGCCAAUAUGCACUGAGAUUGCACAUGACUUGGUACGUUUCCCUGGUACGCUCUACCUGGAGAGAACUGCCUGGAUCCUGCCUAAAACUCAUUACAGCUUUGCGCUAGCCUUCCUCUCGUGAAGAUCCUCCUGAGUUUCUAAGGGCACAACUCUUGCAGUUACUAUGCAUUCAUAACAAUGUGAAUCAUAAGAGCUGUGUACGUGCUGUUUGCUCUGAACUGUCAGGUGCACAUCACCCUGAAGCAGAAACAGCAGGUAGCAAAUCACGGUGAGCACUGACAAGUGUCGUGUUUGCCGACUUCAUUCCUUCCUUCUUUCCUAGACAUCCUUUUUCUCUUAACUCCUUAUUAAUUCAUUCCUUGCUUACAGGCAAGUAGUGAGGUCUUGUGUAAAUCGGUGUACAAAGUACAGCUUGAUUUCCUGUAUGUUUGUACUGCUGUUGGGUGUUGUCAUGCAUCCUUGACUAUCCCUUUUCUUCGUCCUCAAAGCUCUGUGCCACAGGCAUUGUAAAAACACUGUGAAGAGAAAAAGAUAGUUACUAGGGACAUGGAUCAAAUUAAUUAUCAUUUCCUGUAGCAUUUUCU